AUGACUGGCUCGUGGGACUUCCUCGCCAAUGCCCCUGAUCUCCGCGGCAGGGUCGCUCUCGUCACGGGGGGGAAUUCUGGCAUCGGCUACGACACCAUCAGGCUGUUCGCCCUGCGCGGCGCCAAACUCUACAUGGCCUCUCGUACCAGGCCGAAGGCCCGCCAAGCCAUGUCCGAAAUGUACGACCGACACCCGGAGAUCAAGCCGGGCCAGUUGGCCUGGGUCAGCCUGGAUCUCAGUGAUCUCAAGACCGUUGUCGCAGCCGCCGACCACGUCAAGGCAAACGAGACGAGGCUGGACAUCAUCAGUGUGCAUACUCCUGGCUCUCAGCCCAACACAUCUUCCCGUAGCCCCGGUGCUGACAUAGGUCUGCAGUCAACAACGCGUGCGGCACCACGGGCUUGGAUCGCCCGGUCUCGGGCUGAGAGCCCAAUCUGGCCGUCAACGCGUCUGCCAGAUGCCGACGUCCGCAUCGUCAUCGUCUCGUCAAACGUGCAAUCGGACUUCAUCCCCGCGAGCUACGUGCCAAACUUCACCGGCCCGGAUGCCCUCGAGAGCCCAGUGCCGUACUACCCCUGGGCCCACCGCUGGCUGUUCCCCAUCUUCAUCCGCAUCGAUAUGUUCGCCUACGCCGUCUCCAAGCUCGCCACAGCGCUCUACGCCCGAGAUCUGCAGCGCCGCCUCGACGAAGCGUACGGCGACGAUUGUCCUGCAUCAUCAUCACCCAUACUCGUCAUGGCUGUUACGCCUGGCAUGAUCCGCACGCCGGCCAUGGCGAGUGUCUUCCAGCCCUGGCUCACGGGGCUGAUGCAGCGCCUCGCCGUGACGCCGGCGGAGGGCGCGAGAAACUCCCUCUUUGCGACCACGGCCCUCGACGUGAGGAGCAAGCCCGGGGUGUUCGCCGGCCGGUUCAUGCUCCCCGUGGGCAGGGUCGCUCUGCUGCAGCGCGGCGCUUCGACAGAUCCGACGAUUGGCGAUGGACUAUGGGAGAACACGGAGCGAGGGGUCAAUGCGUAUCUCCAAGAGCAUGGACUAGGCGAGCUGCUGGCUUGGUAA